AUGAGCUUCGUCGCCGACCUGCUCAUCCUCGGCACAGCCUGGGCCCACGUCGUCGUCGCCCCGUACACCAAGGUCGAGGAGAGCUUCAACCUGCACGCGACCCACGACGUCCUCAUGUAUGGCGUCAGCCCAGACGCUCUCGAUCGUUAUGACCACUUCACCUUCCCCGGCGCCGUACCCCGCACAUUCAUCGGCAGCCUUCUUCUUGGGUGGGCCACCAAGCUCGCCCUCCUCCUUGCCGCCCGCACCGAGCUCGUACCAGUCACCAGCAAGCUAGACGUGCAGAUUGCCGCCCGACUCGUCCUCGCGACCGCCAAUGCCCUCGGCCUCAUCCUCGUCCGCCACGCCGUCUCCCGCCGCUUCGGCCGCCCGACCAGCCUCUUCUUCGCCCUCCUCACAUGCUCCCAGUUCCACCUCCCCUUCUGGAUGGGCCGCACCCUCCCGAACAUGUUCGCUCUCCUCCCUGUGAACGUCGCGUAUUACUUGCUCUGGAAUAGAGCGAGCAACGCUACGCGCCCCUCGCCGACUAGCACGAGCACCGCCCUCGGUCUGCUCGUGUUCACAGCCGUCGUCUUCCGCGGCGAAGUCGCGCUGCUCCUCGCGCCCAUGGCGCUGUACACUCUCCUCGCGGGGUACAUCGGCCUGCUCGACCUCAUCGGCGUCGGCAUCACAUGGGGCUUCCUCUCCGUCGCGUUGACGACCCUCGUCGACUCCUACUUCUGGGACGAGUGGCCGCUCUGGCCCGAGCUCUACGGGAUCUACUUCAACGUCUUCCAGGGCAAAAGCGCCGACUGGGGUACCUCCCCGCCGCUAACCUACUUCACCGCGCACCUCCCCAAACUCCUCCUCGGCGCACUCCCCCUCUCUGCGCUCGGCGCCCUCGCCGACGCCCGCGCACGCUCCGUACUCUUCCCCUGCCUCGCGUACGUCGCCCUCCUCAGCGCGCUCGGCCACAAGGAGUGGCGCUUCAUCACGUACGUCGUGCCCCUCUUCAACGUCGCUGCGGCGCGGGGCGCGUGGUGGCUGGCAUCAAGAAGGAAGAGCAACAUCCUCGGCCGCUUCGCGUUCGCGCUCGCGCUCGGCACUCUCGCUGCCAACACCCUGAUCACGGCCGCGUCGACGCGUGCGUCGAUGGUCAAUUAUCCCGGGGGCGUAGCGCUCGCGCGGUUUAACGAGAUGUACGCUGGGCAGGAACACGUCCACAUACACAUCUGCAACCUCGCCGCACAGACGGGCGCGUCGAUGUUCCUGCACGAACACGCGCCGCCCUAUCUCCCCUCCUCUUCCUCAUCGCCCUCCGACCUCUCCCUCUCCCUCUCCUCCUUCUUCUUCAACGAGCCCAACGACAACACCCCGAAAGAAGGCUGGACAUACAACAAGACCGAAUCGCUCACCCCCGCCCUCCUCGCCUCCCCCUCCCCCUCCUCUUCAGCGGUAACGCACUUCACACACCUCAUCGUCGAAGACACACCCGCGCCCUUCGUCGCGACGGGGCAGUGGCGCGUCGUCGAGGCCGUCGAGGGGUUCGCGCGGUGGACGCUCGAUCUGCCCGCGUCCAUCGGCGAUGUACGAGGUGGAGGCGGUAUCGAUGGCAUGCGGAAGGGGAUUCGGGGGAUAAGUCCGAGGGAGGUAGUCCGGGAGCUCGCGGGGUGGUCGCCUAAUAGGUGGAUGGGUGUGGUAAGGAUGGAGAGGGCGGAGAGACUGUGGAUUUUGGAGAGAACGUGA